CCACCUACACACUCUCUCUUCUCUCUCUCGGCGAUGCCCAUACCGAGCUGAACCAACUCCGGCCCAACCGUCCUUCCUUCUGUUCCUUUCUUCCAGGUAUCUUAUCAGGAGUUCUACCAUGGGUGAUUUUAGUAUUCAGCUUAGCACCAAUUUGGUGAAUAGGCUUGUGGAUGACCCUGAGAAAUCAAAGAAGAAAACCAGAAGAACUAAACCUAAGGUAACCCGAGAGCCUCAGCAGCCCCAACCGAAGAUAAACCAGAAGAAGGUUUCUGAUGAUUCUGAACCACUCAAAGAUUCAGGUGCUAGAGGAUGGCCUAUCCAGCCUUCUGUAUACAUGCCCGUACCCCCUCCUUCACAGCCUACCAGUGCAGACUUGGAUGCAAUCAGAUCUGUUCAUGAAGAGAGUUUGAAAGUUGUGGAGCAUUUGAAGAAGCUGGAGGAGAACAUGGCACAGGAGGUGACACAAAGAGCAAAGGAGCUUCGUGACAAGGAGUUCAAGCUCCCAUACCAGAAGCCUGUUCCCUGCCUAGCUCAGAAAGAUGCUUGCGUGAAUUGCUACAAGGAGCAUGGGAAGGAGGAUCCUCUCAAGUGUGCUGGUUUUGUUAACAGUUAUGCAAAUUGCACUCGCAGAGUUAGGCAGCAAGUCAGUUCGGGAAACAAGUAAAUGCUUUAGAAGGAUUUUUCUGGUCAUAUACGCGAGUGCAAGCUGAUCUCCAAGAUUUUUGUAGCAGAAAAUAAACCAAUUAAUUGGUAUCCCCAUUUUUGGAUUGCUUGCAAUGUU